CCGAGUCUGGCUCGAGGCUCGCGAAAGGCGUACAGCUCGGCUCAAUGUCGACGACAGAUGCCCCCAAGCUGACCAAGAAGCAGCAAAAGGCACUCGCAUUUCGAUCGGGCAACAAAAAGGGCGCAAAGAAGGCAGCACAGCUCGCGCAGGACGAGGUUCCGGCUGAUGAUCUCGAGGAGGAUGCUCCACAGGCGACAAGCAAGCCUGCCAAGAGGAAAAAAGAGGGCGAAUCGGUAGCCAGCAAGGAUGCGCUGUCGAAGGAAGCCAAGCCAGAGCCCGGAGAGGAGAAAGCAAAGAGCCAACCGCCGAAGAAAGUCCGCUUGAUCGUCUUUGUUGGCAAUCUUGCCUACGAUGUCACUGCAGAUCAGGUCGCUGCGCACUUUGAGCCGUGCGGUGAGAUACCGAGCGUCAGGCUAGGGACUAGUAAGGCUGCGGCAGAAGGAGCGCAGCAAGUCAAGAGCAAAGGCUAUGCGUUCGUCGAGUUCAAACAAGCCAGCUCGCUGCAGAAUGCGCUCAGAUUGCACCAUUCGCUCAUUCCGCCCAGCAAGCGCAAGAUCAACGUCGAGCUGACUGCAGGUGGUGGCGGAAAGGGCGAGAAGCGACAGGCAAAGAUACAAGCCAACCGGAAGCGCUUGGAUACCCAGCGUGAGAAACGCGCCGAGGUGGCCAAAGAAUCCAAGAAAGCCAAAGGCGACGAACUCGUUCGGCACUUUCGAUCCGACCAACCUACUGAGCUUGGUGAUGAGGGGCAGGCGCCGAAGAAAGUCAGCAGAAAGAAAGGCGCGCUGCCAAAGAAGAAGCCCGAUAAGCCCUGGCUGUCUGGUGCGAACAACAUCAAGAUUGGGUGAAAUCGGAGUGCAUUGUAUACAAUCUGUUGUUGUCAACAUGGGUACAUCAUAAUGCUCUAGUCAUC